AUGGGGAGCUCACAAGAAUGCGGCGGCUGCACUGUGGCCCGCCUACUUGGCCUCGAGUCUCGAACAAACAGCCUGGCCCUCUUCGUGUCGGUGAACCUGUUCUACUUCCUCGUCUUUGCAAUGGGAAAGAGCAUGGUCUCUCUCCUUUGCUACCUGUGCCUUGCUCCAGUCAUGCUUGGGCUGUUACUAAAGGCACUGCAUCUCACUCCGACACAGGAGGGGCCCUGGGAAAUUGUCAGCCGGUCCGGCAUAGAGUCCAAGGUGGAGUGGCUCUACGAUCGGACUAACCAGUUCCUGGAGUUUUGCCGGGACGUUUGCUUGUGGAAGAACGUGUUCUUCACGACGAAGGUGUGCUGCGCGCUGCUGACGCUCGGUUAUGUUUCUUCAUUCUUGUCAUUUGCCAGCCUCGUGUUCGUCUCGACUUGGAGCUGGUUUUUGUACAGCAGCUGUUCUUCGCUCUUCCACGAGACUAUAUACCCGGUCGUCUCCCCCUACAUCAAGUUAGCAAACCAGGCAUUCCACAAAGUAUUCCAGUCUAUUCCAAAGAUGGAAGCGAGUGAUAAAAAGCACUAG